CGCCGUACGCCUAUCGAGAGGUGUUCUCCGAUAGCGUACACACUAGCCCUUUUUUCAGCAUCACUUUGGUCGUAUUACGUCUACAUCAAUUUAAAAUGGACGGUGUUAAGAAUUAACGCACUGAGAUCCUAUGAUGCUCGGAUUUUUGCCGCGAGAUUCACGGGCUUCUUCAUAGAUAUUUUAUGUGCGCCGUUGAGCAGUCUACCUCGAGUAUUCCGAGAGAGAGAUGUUGGGGAUAUGUCAUGUUUUUUGGCAUUGUCCUUAACUAUGAGCGGUGCAUUCUGGUUUGGAUAUGCGUUGCUUACUCACGAUUUAUGUGUAGCAAUCUCAAAUGGCAUUGGAGCGGUGCAAGAUACAUCUCAGAUG